AUGGCCUACGAAGAUACGGAUAAAUUGGAAAUCCCCAUUACAAAGGUGCAAUGGGGUUUGCGCGGAGCUCAAGUCUUCUUCGCUUUUCUUUCAAUGUGUUGCAUUGCAGCCGUCAUCGCCUUUGAUAAUAAAGUCAUGUAUAUCACGCCAAUUGUUGGCAUUCCCUUUGUCUACUUAAAAUAUGGGAAAUUUAAAUCCAUGGCCAGAGCGCUGAGGGUAGUCAGAAUCGAGUUCGUUCUAACGGCAAUUUGGUGUGUUAUAUUGACCCUAAUGUCGAUGGCACUGAGUAUUGAGGUGGGCCUUAGAAAUUGUGAUCCUAGCUCAGAAUCUUUCAAUAAUUAUACAAGUGGACCAGACAACUCUACUUUCGUCAAUGGUUUACCGAGUACAUGUAGAACAGAACGUGCAGGAAAUGCGUUUGGAUGGUUUGCCGUUGGUGCCUGGUUGGUUUCUCUUGGUCUUUUGGCGCACGAGUGGUAUAGCAACCGACGUCAACCUUUGCCUAAACAUGAUGCUGAGGUCACGAUGCAUACAAAUUCAACUCGUUCAUCAUUGGAGGUUCCCGUUACAGAAGUUCAAUACAAUAGUCACCAUCAAGAACCAGUGAUGCAAAAUAUAAUUCCACAGCCGGAGCAAUCAGCUUACGUCGAUUACCCACAACCGCAGCAACCUGAAUAUCAACAUCCUGGGAUGCCACCACCACCUCAGCAUGGCUCACCCGCUAUUUACCCCGCAGGAAUGCCCAUUCCUUUACAACAGCAGCAACCAUCGGGUGGUUCUGGACCUGGUGGGGUUAAUUUCCCUCAGCCUCAUCAUUAUCAGCAGUAA